UAUACCGAGUUUCCGAUUUAUGGAUGUGCACUCUUCUGUUUCCUAUACUAUACAAUUGUUGCUUCUUCUCAUCACUGAAUAAGAACCCUAAAACCAAGGACCAAGUUUUGUGUUGAAGGAGAAUCAACCAUGUUCCCAAGAUUUAAUCCGGAAGACUGUAAUUACUCGGAUGCUCAUAGGUGUGAGAUGGAAGAAGUUUUGGAUAAUUGGAAGCUUUGGAACUCUGAAGAAAAUGUGAAGGUGUUACAGAAUUACUUAUGCGGUGUAAACACCAAUACUCAUGGUCUCUAUGAAUCCGCACAAGACAUCCUUACGGAAUUAAGGAUCCUAAGAAGAAUUGAUUCAAUGCUCGAUGCCGAUGAACAUGAAUUCCUGCUAGCUUGUUACCUUAGUAAAAUCAAACUUGCUAGAGCGAAACAACAAGAAUUCAAGAUGAAAGCUGCAAUGUUAGAUUUUUAAAAUCUCAUGACGAUCUUCCAGAGGAGUGUAAAAGCUGGAUCAUUCAGAAAACACAAGUUGAAAGUGGCGACAUCACCACUGCAUAUGAUGAUGCUAGGAAGUCCUUGGAGAAAAACCAAAGUUUGGAAAAGUUUUUCAUCACUAAAUUGCAAGAGGUAGUAGGAGUUGAUGAGACCAUAGAUUACACUGGAGAUAAAUUGACAGAUAACGACGAGUAUCCAUGUACUGAUAUGGAUUUAUUGUCAUCCAUGAAAGAAUGCUUCGAGGUUAUGGAAAAUGAAAUCGAGGAGAAGUUGGACAAUAUAAGGCAGGUGAAUAAAAGUCGAAAUCCUGCCUGUAGGAGGAGAUGUGGACGCAUAGUAAAAGGUUUCAUUCAGCAUUUAGAUGAAUGUGUUACAGACUUUGAGCUCAUUUCCCAUAGGAACGACAUUGGUCAACCUAAAACUUGUCACCAUGUAGAAACACGGGUAGGAGAUAGAUUUAGAAAAAUUCUUCGUAUCUGUAAGUGAGUGUAAAACCUGGGUUAGGCGAGAUUUAGAAAAAUUAUUUGUAUUAGUAAGUGAGUGAAAAAUUGUAGAGCGGAUUCAUGAAUCUAGGCUAUGUCAUUGUCAUUUGUUCAGAGUUUCAGACUAUGCCAUUAUCUGUUUGCUAUUAGAUCAUUAAUCGACACAGGACAGUGGUUGGAAACUCUUCUUACAUUUGCUCCAGGAGAUCUGCAAGAAAACAUCCAAACUUCUGUAAUGAUAGCUUUUUUGUACGUUUCCUUUCGGUAAAGCUUUUCUUUAUAGUCCCCCCUCCAUUAUAACUGUUCGUAUCAUCGUAAUUGAGGCUAGUUUUAGACUCUUCGCUAAAGCAGAUGUGGAAACUUGUAUUUCUAGUUGAAUGACAAACCUGCAAGUAUGCUUAGCCACAACUUUAGCCUAUUGAUAGGAUUCACUAGAUGUAUCAUGUAUGCUUAUUGUAGUAUAGUAUUGCUGCAAUAGCAACUUUGUGAAUGCACUUUAUAUUGAUAUUGUACUUA